AUGCGCGCCGGCGUCCUCCCUUUCCCCUCCGAAGCCGAAGCAACCGCCAUCUUCGCUCCGCACAAAACCUUUUCGCUCGCAUGCAUGCUCACCGGCCUCCUGAUGGACACAUACCUUCUCGGUGUGCUCCUCAUGCUCCUCCUCGCCUACAUCCAGCACCCCGACACGCCGUGGGCGCGCGUGUGCGUCGCCGGCGCGUGUGCCGGCACUUUCGCUGCGAGUGGAUACCAGUGGUGGCUGGCGAGCCAUCGCUUUGCAUACGGGUACGGGACGUACCAGCCCUUCUUUGAGGCGACGCCGGGGUGUUCGUUCUUCACGCACCGCGCGUUUUUGCUCAACGGGCGAAGCUGGCUUUUGGUUGUUACCUCCGUGCUCCUGAUGUGUGGCUCGCUAGCUUGCGCCCUCGCGAUCAAGAUCAUCUUCGCGUCCCUCUCGUCGGCGCGCGACGCGAAAUUCGUCUACAUCCCAACCGCCGCCUGGCUCUCCUUCUCCACCGCGACCGACGCGCUCCUCACCGCCGCGAUCCUCCGCGGCCUCCUGGCCUCGCGCACAGCAUGGCGCACCACCAACCGCCUCAUCUCCCGCCUUGUCCGCCUCACGCUCGAAGCGCAAAUCCCCGCGACGCUCAGCGCGGUGGUGUACCUCGCUGCGUUCCUCGUGAAAACCACCUCGCCGGUCACGAUCGCCGUCGUGUAUUUCCAGAGCAAGCUGUACGCCCUCGGGCUGCUGUACUCGCUCAAUGCGAGGCGGGGGAUGCGCACCGGAGGCGUGUUGGUCAGCGAGGAGCUGCCGAGCGCCGCGAGCGGUGCGGCGGCGGCGGCGCCGCUCGCCCGAGGCCUAUGA